AUGUCUAUUCUCGGCUUGGAUUCCGCACUCUUUGUGCUGCUGCUGGACGUUGCUUCUCUGGCUCAUGUUCUAGACGAACUUCAUGUUGUUGAACUCUGUAUAGCAUAUGCUCGUCAGAACAAUGCUCCCUCAGAGCAAUCUCGGGUUGGCCAUUGCAAUGCAGGAUCAAUAAUUAUCAUGAGCCACGGUACUCUAGUUAAGAUAUUGCUCAGCUCGAUGAACAGAGGGGCUGGAGCUGCCUCAAUCAAAUACUCGACCGGAUUUCUCGGUGCUACUCUGGGCGUGAUAACUUUGAAUUCAAUAGAUGUAGAAGUUUCAUGCACUGUUAGAUUAGUUACGACGUCUCUGUAA